CUUGCAGCAGCUUUGACUUCACACUGACUCUCUGGUCGGUGGCGAAAAGCUGCUACUUUGAGCAGAAUCAACACGCACGGAACCCGCCGAAUGAUAAUGGUGGGGGCAGUUGUCGAGAUGAAGAUGUCUUGCAGUAUGGCAUGACGAAUUCUGCCAGUAACUGCUCCGCUCGAGGAGGAGUUACAACGAAUUUACCGAAUAAGCAUGAGCUUGCCGGGAAAAUCCUCGACUUCGUUUUCUCCCAGGCGGAGGCUCGCGUAUUGGCGGAUGCCACGAUUGUUAAGACGAACAGAAAAGUAGAGGAUGGUGCCCCUGAGGAGGCAGAAGAAGAUCAUAGCUCCUUCGCUGCUACAACGGCGCAAAGAACUUCAUCUGCAAGUACUUCUCGCACAACGGCCACCACGACCGCGUUGAAGGAUUAUUCCCUCGAGAGUUUAGCACAGCUGCUGUACGCUUUCGGAAUCCGGUUUAUCAAGCUUGCUGCCGGCAGUUCGACAGCGCAGACAGCUUCUUCUUCUCAUUCUCGCAUGACAAACUACAACUCCCAGCAAAAAAACGCGAAACUGGAGAAAGUUUUCGUCGCUUUACUCACGGAGCUGCGACAGAGAAAGUGGGAACCGCGGAACAGCAGAGAUAACGGGUUCAACAGCUCUUACCGGACGAUCGCGACCUUUAUUGGCAUUUUAGCAGAUUACUACCUACCGAGUUCAGUCCUCGCGGCCUCCACGAGCGCCGCGCAGUUUUCGCAGGUCGUGGCAUGGGAAGGAGAUCAUGGAGGCGACUCCAGAUCAAGCGCGACGCUGUCGAAGAACAUCAACAGAAACAAUUUUAACAUCAACCAUGCAGCGAAUUUAACCCACUUCGAGGAAGCGUCCAAGUUGUUUCUGUUUGAAAUUCAGAAGCUGUUGGUCGCCCGGAAAGACGAUUUGAUAAAGCAGGGGAUUCUAUUUGACGUGCUGCCAGAUACAGAUAGAGAUCAUGCAGACACUGGUACUGGAGUGAAACAAGAACAGGAGCAAGAUGAAGUGGGAAGAAGAACAUCUGGUGCCGAGCAGGAUUCUGAUUCAUUUGUCGAACAUGCAGAACUACGCGGCCAUCAAACGAGGAACACCAAAACCGUGACCAACUUCAGCUCUAUGAGAUUGCACACCCCCCCUCCCCUUCAUUUGUCAUGCAAAACCCCACUUCCAGUUCCAAGUGCUUCCCUGUGGCAUUGUUUGCAUGACAGACUCCGGAAGCCCAAACGGCACUACACUCGGCGCAUGGAGGGUUUGUCAUGCACUGGCUCCACGUGUACUGGUGUUUGUAUUGCUGUUCAUGCACUACAAAAGAGGGGGAGGAGGAGUUGUGCACUCUCAUAAGCUCGGCCUUCACUGCAUUAGCGGGUGUGAUCAACGCUCUAUCCAAAUUUGCCCUUGCGUUUUCGUAUCCAGUGUGAAAGUUUAUCUUCGGAUUCGUAGAUUUAUUGCAUUACAAAGGUUAUUCUCAGCAUCAUGAUGAUCAUUACAAAUGCAAUUUGUAAUGCUGAUUUGGCUCAACGUGAAGGACUUUGUCAUGCAUGGGUGCAAUUAGUACGAGUACGAUAAACUUUUGCAAUGCAUAUUUCGCAGCCGCAAGCGGCCAACGAGAUGUCCAAAGCGACGGUUCUGACGAUAUUGAGGCAGAUGCAAAACUUGGCCUUCCAAAGAGUUGUGGAGCUGGUGGAGAAAAAUUGCAAAUACACGAGUACAACGUGCUUAGUGUCAGACACUACUACUUCUUCUUCUUCCCCACAAGGUGGACAUAAUGAUCUCCAUCCCGCCGCCAUCAACCAGCUCCGGUUCCAGGAUGUAAGAACUACUAUCCUGUGUAAAAACGUCCCCACACCAGAGUCAACUUGGGAAAUCUGCUAGACAAAUCACACAGCUUUGGUUGUUCGGCAUGACAAAUUUGGACGCGUAGUGUAGUGCUGUUUGAGCUAGUUCAGCAGCAUUACAGAUCUAGUUUCUCAUGCUGAUUGGAGCAUGACAUUGACAAACUUCAAAACCGCAUCAGAAAACGCUUCUCAUGGGGCCCCGCAUGAGAAACAUGCUAAGCAUGCAGAGUUGCAUGACAACUAUGGAGUUGGCAAGUUGGCAGGUGGCGAUAAACAGAGUUGGAAUAUAGUGGCCGGGAGAUGAUGGCGAUGGCACUUUGGUGUCCGCCUGACCCACCCUCCCUGCGUCUCAAGCCAUCUGCGGCCAUGGCACAAUGGGGGGGCAAAGUGUGUCGCAUUUUGUUUAGCAUGACAACUAUGGAGUGGGGACGUUUUUACACAGGAUCAUUACAACUUUAUCUUCCGCACGAGAAAAAAAUCAUGAUCUCCAUCCCGCCGCCAUCACCCAGCUCCGGUUCCAGUAUGAACUGCAAAAGUAUCGUACUCGUAUAAAUGCAUUACAAAUGUUCUCAGCAUUAGAAAUAAUAAUAAAAUUUGUAAUGCAGCUUUGUCUUGGGAACAAGAUUUGUAAUGCAAGGCUUGCAUUUAUACGAGUGCGAUACUUUUGCAAUUCAUAUCCAAGACGUGAGAACGAUUCUCGCCGCACUGUCGCGACAAGAAAUCACCCCGGGGGUUGCGCAUUCCAAUUUUACCCACGGGAAUAGUAGUCUUAAAACCCCAAAGUGGGACACGACGACGAAUCGGGAUGCGAAGAAUUUCUUGGCGUUUCUGGUAAACUCCGGUUUUCUGAAGUCAGUUCUCGAGCAACUUCUGGGAGCUGGUGGCUCUUCUAGUGGUAGCUACCAGCAGCCGUCUCUGUGUCUGUUAUCCCUGACGCAGAGAAAACACAACAAAUCGCUCGCCUCUUCCAUCGCUUCUAUCGCGUGCUACACGCUGGCGCAAAACCGGAUUACGGAUAAAGAGCUAUUGGAGCAACUGUCCUUGACCGCGUGCACGACCAGCCGAGACUUUGUCUCCAUGAUCUUCGGUUUCGCGGUGUUAAACUUCGAUGGGUAUAGGCCGGAGAAACACUUAGAUAAAGGGUUGAGGCCUUUCCUUUUGGACGAGAAAGACGACCAGUUGGUAAGUGAAAACGCUGCAAAUGGUCAUGGUGUUGGUGGCAGUGGGCAAAGGAGACACCACAGCAAGAAGCUGACAAAACUCCAACUCCGCAACUUUGUGUGUGUUGCGUGGUCUCUGUGCGCAUUGGAACACUACAAAUUAGCCGAGAAGGUUUUGCGGAAUAGUGGACUCGCGUCAGAAGUGAAUGUUGACAGUUUGUCAUGCAGGAGCACGGCAGAGGACCGGCAUUACGGAAAUUUUACGAGAAAUACCAACACACACGACACUCUUCUGCAGCAGCUCCCAGACAUGGAGAAAACGCAGUUAGGGUACGUCAGAUUGUGUCUGCGCUUGUUUAGGGAGCAGGCUCGGAAUGAACAAGAGAACCUGUCAUGCCACGACGGAGGAGACGGGGACGGCUCGGUGAUCUCUACGAAAGGAAGCGCACAGCAGCUUGAACAGGGCGGAGUUUCCCGUCGUUCUCUUCCCCCAAGUCCUGCUGCAAGCAGUGAUCCAAACUUCUCUUCGAAAAAGACCACAUCUACAACUGACACGGCCCUUCUCACCUCGAAGCGGCACCUGCCAGCCUGCAACCGGCUCCACAAACAGUUGUACCAAAUUUUGAAAUCCGAGAAACAAAUGCCGAACGUGAACACAGUAGUCGCGGAGGCCACACUAUGCAUUGCAAAAGUAACGUACUAGUAUAAAUCAAAACCGCAUGACAAAUUCGCUUAGCAUGAGAAAUGGAAUUUUUCAUGCUGAUCUACCAUGGGAUGGAGACUUGUAAUGCAUGGCUGCGAUUACUACUAGUACGAGACUUUGCACAGGAUAAACGCUCGAGAAUUCCGACGACCUCCUGCUGAUCGACUUGCUCUUACCAGAUCUAAACCUGGCCAUCGAGAUCGACGGGCGGGGCGGCAAACAUUUUCUAUCUGACGGGAAGCAGGACGGAAUGAGUCUGUUCAAGCACCGGCUGAUACGGAAACUGGGCUGGAAAUUACUCGUCUUGCGGGAGGAAGACUUUUCGGUCGGUUUUUCAUCUAGUAGUCGGGGCGAGACAAGUUGUAACUCAGGUUCUUCGUCAGCACUAGGCGCAGCGGGCGGUGGAAAUGUCCACCAUGCGCGUCACGAUCCAAGACCGGUGCUAGAUUUUCGCUCGGUGUUGCUGAAGAAAAUCGAGGCUGCGGUGAAAUGAAUAUCGGAGAUAAAAAUGAUCUUCUUCAGAGGAAAACGAAAAGUAAACUUGAAUCCAAGAUUGAGCUAUCGAAGCUUCUAAAUCUAACGAAAUGUUGUACUUCCACCUGUACAUUCUGUCACAGGAGGGUCUUGUUUUGUAAGUAAUGACAACACAGGACGGCGACGGCUUUUGAUUGUGCGUGCGGUACUAGCGCUUUCUUUGAGUCAACUCAAUUUUCUUGUACUCGGAAAAAGAAAAACAAAAUGUACCAAGCCAGGGCUGAUCGUGCAUUGGCAGACGAAACAGCCAUGAGCAUGAAAAUGAAAUUGAUGAAUUGGGCCAAUGAACAAUAUG